AUGUUACCAACGUACUCCAGUGAAAAGGCAUUUCGAAACUCCUAUCGCCUUAAAGACAAAAUUCUAGGAUGGCUGAGGUUAAUUCUCUCAGACACAAACUCUAGAAACCUGUUUAUGUUUUUAUUGUUAAACUUUUCAUUUGCCUUUGUCGAGUUAUUCUACGGAAUAUGGACCAACAGUUUGGGCUUAAUAUCAGAUUCUUUCCACAUGUUUUUCGAUUGCACUGCUCUCGUAGCAGGUUUAAUAGCAUCGGUUAUCAUGAAAUGGAGAGCUGACGAUAAAUUUUCUUAUGGCUACGCUCGUGCCGAAAUAUUAGCCGGCUUUGUAAACGGUCUCUUCCUCAUCUUUGUUGCAUUUUUCAUCUUCACUGAAGCACUUGAAAGAGUCUUUGAACCACCUGAAGUGAAACAUGAUCGACUUUUCAUUAUCUCCGUUCUCGGACUGAUAGUAAACCUGGUCGGCAUCUUUGUGUUUCAACAUGGCGGUCAUGGUCAUUCGCACGGAGGCCACGAUCACGGGCACAGCCACGGUGGCGACCACGGACACUCCCACAAUCAUGACAAUCACCACCAAAAUCACGACCACCACCAUGACCAUCACCACAACUCACAUUCGCACAGCCACGGCGGCGACCAUGGCCACGGACACUCGCAUGGCGGGGCAAACAGUCAGAUCAUGAAAGGCGUCUUCUUGCACAUUCUCGCCGACACGCUGGGAAGUGUGGGCGUCAUUAUUUCCGCCUUUCUCAUGUCUCAAUUUGGUUGGAUGAUUGCUGACCCGCUCUGCUCGAUGUUCAUCGCUGCUAUGAUCAUGAUCAGCGUCUAUCCUCUCGUCUAUCCUCUGCUGCGCGAUUCUUCUGCUGUCCUCAUGCAGCGCUCUCCAAAGGAACUCGACGAAUCACUACCAAAGUGCUACCGAAGAGUAAUGGAACUUGAUGGUGUUGUGAGCAUUCAGGAGCCUCACUUUUGGACUCUCUGCUCAAACGUCUACUCUGGAUCGGUGAAGAUAGAAGUGGAUCCCCGAGCUGACUCUCGCUUUGUGCUCAGUCACACGCACAACAUCUUUAACCAAAUUGGCGUGAAGAAUGUCACCGUGCAGAUUGAGUACGCUCAUAUGUGA